UUGGCUCCUGCCGGGAGCGGUUAUAUUUUCUUGUUGCUACCUGAGAACAUUCUGCUUGCCAACACAGAACACUCUCAGGACACUGCGUCCUAGUUUCUCUGGCUCCAUGUAUUUGAUUUGAUCAAAUAGCCUACGCCUCCAGGUUCUCGGUUAAUGCCAGACAUAUUUGAUUGAGUAAACGUAGUAAAUGGCACUAAAUUACCUGCUCCUCUCCAGUAACGACAGAUUGAUAAGAUCACAACUGACAGGGUUGGGUAUUUCUGUCCGGACCUGGCGCAUGCGCUCUAAGCAGUGGGCGGAAGUCGGCGAACGGCUCGACUUGUCCCCUACUCCCUGCUGCUCCGGAUCUGCUCCUCUGUUCCUCCUUCACUAUUCCUGCACGGAGCUGUUCUGAACCUCCAGCCAGCGGUGCUCCAGAGACACAGCGGUGCUCUUCCUGCAGAACAUAUCCGGGAUAUAUGUCCGCCUUGUGAUUGACAGGAAGGACGCCUGGACACCAGUGCGUCUCCUAGUCCUCCUGCCUGGCCCCUGAUCAUAGGCCAGCACACUUUCAGGUUGUGUGUGAGAUAAUUGUGCCAGAGCAUCAUGUGGGGUAAAGCCUUGCUGGUGGCCCUGCUGGCGCUGGGGGUGGGCGUCCUCUACCAGACGCAGCCUGACCUGCCCGCUCAGGUCCUACGCUACAUAACGGAGGGAGGCGCCCGCGGGCCGAGCGCAGAGCAGGCCAUCUCCUCCGCCUGGGAGACGCUGAUCACCCUGCCCUCCAGGCAGUGGCGGAAGGUGGCUGUAGGUGUGAACGCCUGCGUGGAUGUGGUGGUCUCCGGGGUGGGUCUCCUCCAGGCCUCGGCGCUGGACCCCGGGCCCGGCCUGGACCAUGAGGUGCUCCACACCUCGGAGGACCUGAAGGAGACCUUCAUCCACUACAUGGAGAGGGGGGCGGCGGCAGAGCGCUUCUUCAGCGACCAGGAGGCCUUCCAGAGGAUCGCCAGAGCCGCCGCAGAGUACCCCGGGGCUAAGCUGUAUGUAGGGGGAAACGCGGCCCUCAUUGGUCAGAAGCUCGCCAGCUACUCUGAUAUCACGGUAUUACUGUGUGGCCCGGUGGGCCCAAAGCUUCAUGAGAUGCUGGACGAGCAGAUUGUUGUCCCCCCAGAAUCACUGCAGGAGAGCGAUGAGUACCACCUCAUCUUGGAGUACCAAGAAGGCGAACAGUGGGCUUCCACCAGAGCUCCUCAGGCGAACCGCUUCAUCUUCUCCCACGACGUGUCCAACGGAGAGAUGAGUUCGCUGGAGACGUUUGUGGCCAGCCUGGACGACUUCCAGCCCGACCUGGUGGUGCUGUCUGGCCUCCACAUGAUGGAGGGCAUGGGUCGGAUGAUCUGGGAGGACAGGCUCAAAGAGGCAGUGGCGGCAAUAUCUGAGAUCCGCAAAGAUGUUCCUGUCCACCUUGAGCUGGCCAGCAUGACCGACAUGGACUACAUGAACAGCAUCAUGCAAGAGCAGGUGAUGCCCAUCGUCAGCUCCAUGGGGCUCAACGAGCAGGAGCUGCUGUUCCUGUCCCGGGCCGGGGAGGGGCCCCACGCGGAGCUGCCCUCCUGGAAGGGGGUGCCGGAUGUGGGGCGCGUCAGCGACAUCCUCCUCUGGAUCCUGCAGGAGCACGGCCGCAGCGAGCCGUCCUCCGAGGCCGAGCUGACCCGCAUCCACUUCCACACGCUGGCCUACCACAUCCUGGUCACGGUGGACGGCUACUGGGGGAACCAGGCGGCGGCGGUGAUGGCGGGGGCACGGGUGGCCAGCACCCAGGCCUGCGGCGUCCAGACGGUCGAAGUGGGCGCGGUGGAGCUCAAGGCGCCCGUGGAGUUUCACAGCUCGCACAGUGAACCCCGGGUCAGGUUGACCCUGGACCCGACGGACCCCGUCACGGUGUGGGGCCGCGGCAACGUGACCUUUCACCUCUCGCCGGUGCUGGUGUGCAAGCAGCCGCUGAGGACAGUGGGGCUUGGAGAUGCCAUCUCGGCCGAGGGGCUGGUGUACUCGGAGCUGAAGCCCCAGCAGAUGUUCUGAGGACCCAAACCCUCCCUGUCCUCUCCUGGGUCUAGGCCACUCCCUUCUCCUCCUCCGUGGUUCCAUAUGCACAGUAAGCUGUCGGUUCUUCGGUUGUAGCCGUGGUUCAGGUUCUAUACAGACCUGUAUUGCCAAGGUUUUCAGUAAUUGGUGACCCUUUAGUUAGUAGAAUGUGUGGGUGACUUAAAAUCCUGCCUCUUAACACCUUCAGCCUUCCUUCCAUAAGCGUUCUCUCUUCCAUGCUCUUCAGUCCCCCUCCAAAACAGCGAGCAUGGAGCAGAACGUGUCUCAACUCCGUCUGAACAGGAUGGCAACAAGCUAUGCAGCGCCGGUGACGAUUUAAAGCCAUCUCCGAGGAGUCUGGUUGGCUCAAGUGGCAUGGCAUACCUUUUUAAACAUGCAGUCAGUGCCUUUAGAGGAAGGGUUUAGAGUUUUGUCAACAGUGCGAAGAGCUAAACCUCUCACAAAUCAAAAGGGUGUUUUAUGAAACACUAAUCAACUGGAUAUUACAAUGCGUCACUCGUAAGGUUCAAGGAUACUUCCUUGUCUCAUGUCUAUACUUGUUUCAGUACACUUCAUUAAUAGAGAACAUUAUGGUCCCUUGUUCUGCCUAAGAUCCUCUGAUAAAAAAACUGGACCAUUAGGAAUCAGGACAUGUUUCCACUUUCACAUAUGCUUCAUUGAGGUUGUUUUAGACCGUUAUAGUUUGGUCACAUGCCAUUAUACUAAAAUGUUGCUUGCUCUAUAAAGAUGUUCAUUAGCCAGUAAAUCAAAGAAUCAAAAUAUAUUUGUUCUAAAGUAAGAGACUCGCUCUGUGUGGAUUCAUUAUGAUUAAAAGGUUGUUUCUAAGGGGAGAGGGGCAGCACGGCCUAGAGUAAAUCUGAUGCCAGCAAAGCAAACUAAAGGUUCAACGUUUUAACUGUUGCACAUCCUACUUCACCUGUAUUUGGCUUUUCAUAAAGCCCUGACAAGUAAAACGUAUGGAUAAUACAGUGGCAUGUAGUGAUGGCAGCAGUCUUGGAAUUUAUGCAAGAAAUGGCUAUGAAUAUGUAAUUAGCUUUUUCUGGAUCUAUUUGACGUAAGUCAGAUACUUCCUACGUCAAAGGUUUCUCAUUAAAAGAAUGUAUUUGUAUACCUCAAAUGGCCAACGAUGGCAUGCAAUAAGAGUCUUAAUGCCGUGGGGAGAGGAGCCUUGUAUCCAGCAGAGUGGGUCUCUUGAAGGAGAACCUCUGCUCCGUAUGGGGACGCGGCUCAUCGGUACUGAGCCAUCACUGACAACAGCCCUGUCUUAGCAAGUACAGUCUAUUUUAAGUUUACAGUCUGUUUAUCUUGUGUCUUAACUUGUAUGGACUUUCAGGGCAAGUUGCCUUGUGAUUUGUGAUGAAAAUAAUGUAAAUAAUAAAACCGAUGUCUUUAUUAUGGUGUCUUAUUUGAUCUCAAUUGGAAAUACUUGAGAUUGUGAGCAGCAUUGAUGCAGCAAAGAUGAUCUGCAAAUACAUAUUUGUUAAGAAGUAUGUUAAAGCUAGGGUAGCCAUUUAUGGUCCAAUUGGUAAAAUCAUCUUUACAUCCCGACAGCAACCAACCAAUUAAAUGCUCUAACAAAUAAUAAAAACGAACCUUUGGCUGCCUGUUUUACUCCCAUCCAAUGAUUGAAUUAUGUUUGGAUGGUCUACCUGUCUGUACCUACCCAGCUACCUGUCUGUCUACCCGGCUACUUGCAUGUGAUCUGCCCAUGUGAUCAAAUGGCCAAGGCAGAGGAGUAAGAAGGCUGUCUUGAAGAGCUCCUGAAUUCUCUUCCACGUCGAGGGUACGAGGAAACAUCUUCAAGGACUAUUGCUUGCUGGCCCAAUGAAGGAAUAACCACCCUCAGGCAGUCCCAUAGUUAGUAAAAGGAAAAAUAAUGGAACCAUCCGAUUGUUCUUUUGAUUCAGGGGUCACCAGCACAGUGCCCCGGGGCGCCCGCAAGGACCAUAUGAGGCACCCACAGGCCUGUUCUAAACAUAGCACAACUCAUUCUUGAACAACUCUUUCCCACCUUUUUUAAGUCAUUGUUGAUAAUUAUUAUGAGAAAUCAUUAACAUGAUCAGUGUCUUCACAUAGAUGAGUAUCAUUAAUA